GCACGAACAAUUUUCACGACUGACACAUCCUCCACAGGAGAGAGCAUUCGAGUGAGCGAGUUAGUACUUACAUUAAAAGGAAAGAAGAUGUGCUCACAGGAAGUUCUGAAAAGUCCACAACAGCAGAUGUCUGACCUGAUUUAUGUAGUUUUGUACUACUGAACAGGCACGACCAAAUUCCACUUCUUACAACGCACCCUUUACAGGAGAGAGGAUCCGAGUGAAUGAGUACUUAGAGGAAACUUUUUCUGUGAAGAACCUAGAGACUCAUUCGUACAACUUCUACGAAAAAGAAACAAGAGGAAAAAAGAUGUCCUCACAGGAAGUUCUGAAAAGUCCGCAACAGCAGAUGCUGGACGUGGCUGCCACGAAAGAGGGCGGUGGAAAAACGCGUGUUUUGAUCACAGGCGGUGCCGGCUUCAUUGGGAGUCAUUUGCUAGACUACUUGAUGGAACGAGGCUACGACUGCAUCGUCUGUGAUAACUUCUUUACCGGCAAGAAGGAAAACGUAGCGAGAUGGAUGGGGCAUCCGAACUUUGAGCUGAUAAGACACGACAUUGUCGAACAUUUGAUGGUUGAGGUAGACCAGAUCUACCACCUUGCAUGCCCAGCGUCGCCAGUGCAUUAUCAGUAUAAUGCGAUUAAAAUUAUGAUUUAGAAGGUUAUGGAUAUCAGAGACAUUCGUAGAACUCAAAAGAGAGGUUUAGGAUAUAAUCAGAGACAUUCCUUCGUAGAACUCAAGAGAAGAGACUCAGGGAAGUCGUCGGUCCAAUCCGAACCGCCUAACGUCAUCACUCAUAUGAAGGAUUAUAUUAAUUCUUGAAGGAUUGAACAAAACCCUUCACGGUUUGGGUGAGGGUAAUGCAGCUACAACUAUUGUUGAUUUUGGAUCCGAUCCUAUAACAUCAAGAGUCAAGACGAGCGCAGUUAAAGAAUUAUCCACACCUUCUUCUUCUUUCCUCAGGAACCCCUUACCCUUUCUAAUAACCCCAUCAAGACCAACAUCAUCGGAACAAUGAAUAUGUGCGGUUUAGCCAAACGUACCGGAGCGCGUAUUCUUCUAGCCAGUACCAGUGAGGUCUACGGUGACCCUGAUAUUCAUCCGCAAGUAGAAGAGUAUUGGGGAAAUGUAAACUGUAUUGGUCCUCGUAGCUGCUACGAUGAGGGAAAGCGAACGGCAGAGACUUUGAGUACUUUUGCUUUCCUACACCUUCUAUUUCCUUGGGUCGUUUCUAUUCUUUCAGCAUCUUUGUAAUAUUGGAAUUGUAUGUGAAGAUGUUGUCUCGUGCUAGAAUUUUGCUUUCGUCCCAAAAAAAUAAAACCCUCUCAACGAACAGUGAUGGACUACCAUCGGCAGAACGGCGUCGACAUCCGUAUUGUCCGUAUCUUCAACACCUACGGACCGAGGAUGGUCUUCCACGAUGGGCGAGUUGUCAGCAACUUUAUUGUGCAGGUACUGAUUUGAAUGAUGCUAUAAUUCGUGUGUGGUCUAGGAGAUGAACUUCUAUGACUAUCUAUCAUGUGCUUCACCAUCUGACAACAGGCAUUGCUCCACCCACACCAAAACGUAGACGUUGGUAAGAAGGUUACAUCCGCACGAGGAAGCAGUAAACCGAGCGCUGUGAGCACUGACAUAAGCACGUGAAUAAGUUGAAGGUUGUGUUCCAGAAAAAGAGAAGUAACAGGAUAAGCUUAACAACAAGCAUCAAAAAGCUUGAUCCGAUCACCAUCUGACAACAGGCAUUGCGAAACGACAACAUCACGAUAUAUGGAGACGGCUUACAGUCGCGCUCGUUCUGCUACGUUGCCGAUCUCGUGGAGGGCAUUUACCGAUUGAUGAACCAAACUGAGACGACAGGUAUUCGUCAAUUUUUAUAUGCCUUGUAUGUUGUGUGGGCUCUGAAUAGACAAUAGUUUUUAGAGGACUCGUGCAAAGAUAGUACGGUGGUUCUUUUUAUAGAUGGUAGCUGUUGCUCCAGUUUACCACGACACCUUGCCGUGGUGGCGGGGACAUCUUCAAAAAGGUGUCAACACUACCAACCAACCAGUAGACCUUUCCUUCUCCAGGUCCAGUAAACCUAGGCAAUCCCGGUGAAUACACGAUGAAAGAGCUUGCCGAGAAAGUGCUCACUUGUCUCCCUGAGAGCGCUUCAAACAUGGAAUAUCGUCCACUACCGGAGGACGAUCCGAAGAGGAGGCGUCCAGAUAUUUCGAAAGCGAAGAAAUAUUUGAAUUAUGACACUUACAAGAAGCUUAGAAGUCCAAAAAUUCAAAUUUCCAAAAUAUUAUUCUAGUCCUCGAUAAGCAUAAAUCGCAAUCAUGAGGUCAACUCGCACAUCGUCUUCUAAUCCAAAUGGGAGCCCACGAUCCCCCUCGAUGACGGUCUGGCGAAGACAGUGGCAGACUUUGCAGAACGAGCGAAGAGAAAUCCUAAAGAACUGGUCUGCUCGCAUCAAAAAGGAGCUGCAAAAGUCCCUGAAAGUGCGAAACCCAUCGCGGCAACUGGGGCGUAGCUGAGGGACGACAGUGCGGCAUGAAAGUACGAAACCUAUCGCAGCGACUGGAGCCUGGAACAGAUGAAGAAAACUGAUCUCUGGAGAACAUGGGCUUCAUGUUUUGAAGAAGAUUGAGUUUUUUUUUUGAAUUAUUUUUUUGAAUCCACCACGACCGAGUCCACGGGUUGUCACGGGUAUAUGAUUAAUGGCGGAUGAGUGUCCGUACUACAAAUAAACUCCCUGAAGUCCUUAUUUCUAGUGUGUGCAGAAUGAACGAACUUUUUUUUGAUUUAUUCCGACAGGAGCGAGUCCUCCUUCGUGGAGGGACUCUCUACUGCAUGGCAAGACCUAUGAUUGAAGAUGUAGCGACCUUUGCGUCGUAGGUAUGUCUUUAUCUACUUCCAUAAGAGUAGAUGUGUUUCAACCAUCAGACUCGGGCUAGUCGAAAAGGCGGUACAAAGAGAAAAGAGUGUUGAAAG